CUCUCUGCUCGGUGUUUAAGGAAACGUGGCCUUACAGCACCUCCUCUCCUCUUCCUCCUCUUCCUCCUCUCCUCUCCUCUCCUCCUCUUCCUCCGCCAGUCUCUGCCUCGUCCCCCUGAAGCCGUCUCUGUAGAACAGCAUGUCUGAGCCGGACCAGGUCCCGGUCCCGGUCCCGGAGGCCUCCCCGGUGCUGAACGCGACGGAGCGCUUCGUGGCCUCUGCGCAGGGCUCCGCGCUGGCCUACGGAAGCCUGCUGCUCAUGGCGCUGCUGCCCAUCUUCUUCGGGGCCCUGCGGUCCGUCAGCUGCUCCAAGUCUAAGAAUGCAUCAGACAUGCCUGAAACCAUCACCAGUCGAGACGCAGCGAGGUUUCCCAUCAUCGCCAGCUGCACUCUGUUUGGGCUCUACCUCUUCUUCAAGGUGUUCUCUCAAGAGUACAUCAACAUGCUGCUGUCGGUCUACUUCUUUGGCCUGGGCGUCCUGGCUCUGUCUCACACCAUGAGUCCUCUGAUGUCCAGAAUCUUUCCAGAGUCGUUCUCAAACAAACAGUACCAGCUGCUCUUCACUCAGGGCUCCGAAGAGUCCAAAGAAGAAAUUGUCAACUAUGAGUUCGACACCAAGAACCUGGUGUGUCUGGUUAUCAGCGCCGUGGUGGGGGUCUGGUACGUGCUCAAAAAGCACUGGAUAGCCAAUAACCUGUUUGGUUUGGCGUUCGCCCUGAACGGAGUGGAGCUGCUCCACCUGAACAACGUCAGUACCGGCUGCAUCCUGUUGGGGGGGCUGUUUGUCUACGACGUCUUCUGGGUGUUUGGGACCAACGUCAUGGUUACAGUUGCCAAGUCCUUUGAAGCACCAAUCAAAUUGGUGUUUCCUCAGGACUUGUUGGAGAGAGGACUUGAUGCCAGUAACUUUGCCAUGCUGGGUCUGGGUGACAUCGUCAUCCCCGGUAUCUUCAUCGCCCUGCUGCUGCGCUUCGACGUCAGCCUAAAGAAGAACAGCAGGACGUAUUUCUACUCCAGCUUCCUGGCCUACAUCUUCGGACUGGGCCUCACCAUCUUCGUCAUGCACACCUUCAAACACGCACAGCCCGCUCUGCUCUACCUGGUCCCGGCCUGCGUGGGCUUCCCCGUGGUCGUAGCUCUGUUCAAAGGAGAGCUCACAGAGAUGUUCAGGUAUGAGGAGACCCCUCCUGAGGACACGGAGGUUAAAGAGGACUCAGAAACAGAGAAGAAGGACCAAUAGCAUCCAUCGCCCCCCCCCCAUCCAGCCUGCUGCCACCACAUUUCACUGAAGCCCCUCCCCUCCUCUCCAGCUUCUUGUUGUUUGGGGGGGGGGCUCUCGUAGCCAACGUUGUUUGUCUCUGAUAACCGCGGUAUGGCCGCUGGUCUCCAUGGUAACGGCUGCUGUCGUGGCCCCGGGCGAUGGUGUUUGUAAUUAAAGGUUGUUUCGUUCCAGCUCGGAUCGGUGCCUGUCAUGAUUCCUCUCUCUGUCUCAGCUGCUCUCACACAGAACCCAGAACCCCCCCGCCGGCUGCCGUCUUGCUUCUACGUUUCAUAGUGUUUGCAGCUCGCCGGCUCAGACCGACCAGAAACCGUUAAAGGUUUGUUCAGACCAAACGCAAAGCAGACUUUGCAGUUUACGUUUCUCGUUCAAAUCCCGUCAGUGGAGGGAUUUUUGGAGUGUUUAUGGUACUUUAACGCAAACGCUGCUGCUACCUUCGUUUGUAGAGUAGUUCAACCAUCAUUUUCCAAAUUUACCACGUAGUCCUGCGGCUUCCUUUUCUCGUGUUUUGUCUCUGUAUCAGGCGGCAACCUCCGGUUCUGCAGAGUGAAGUCAAUGCUUCCUGUGUUAAAGCUGCAUUCUCUCUCCUGUCCACCAGGGGGCGACUCCUCUGGUUGUAUAGAAGUCUAUGAGAAAAUGACUCUACUUCUCUCUUGAUUUAUUCCCUCAGUAAACAUUGUAAACAUGAGUUUAUGGUCUCAAUCUCUAGUUUCAAGUCUUCUUCAAUACAGCAUGAUGUUCAUUUAGUAAAUGAUGCUCCAUUCAGAGUCAAACAGACCAUAAAGCAGGGGAUGCUUUAGGGCCUCCAAAUGAACCAUGAUUCUCAUUGGUAUAAAUCCUGCCCAGUACCUGAGCUCUCGUAUCCUCUACACCCCACUUCUUCUCUCCGGUCCGUCAUCAUGGCGUGGUUCUUUGGCGUUCUUCACGUCCUGGUUUUAACUGGCGCCGGGCCGCCGCUCAUUCUGCCUUCUGCUUUCUCACAUCAGUGUUUUCAGUCUUGUUUUGCUUUGUCUUAUUGUUUCUUGUUAAAGGGCCAGAACUUUAAGGUGACAGAUCCGUGAUUGGUUGUAUACUGUUAUGUUCUGUGUUUAUUCCACCUGUAUGAAUACUGACUGAAUCAGUUCUCUUUCCUACUUUAUCUACAAAUCAAAGGGACAAAGCGUUCUUAUUAGUUCUGCUUCUUCAGCGUCUGUUUACUGGAUCAUUUAACCAGACAGGACCGGUAAACGUUUACCUGCCUGGUUAAACUAAAGUCGGGUAAAACAAUCCGUGAACAUUCUUAAAGUUCUGGCCUGUGAGAGGAGUAAAGGGAGGAGGAGGCAGACUGAACCUCCUCUGCUGAAUAUCAUCCAGUCCUCAUUCUCAGAUCUUAUUGGUGGAGAGGUAGUGAAGGGGCGGGGCUCCCAGGGAUCCUCUCGUCCAAUAAGCUGUGAGAAUGAGGGAGCUUCAGGGUUUUUCCAAAGCAUUCUCAGUUUUGAUAUAAAUUGAAUCUGAAUUAUUAACGACUUAAGUUUUCCUGCUAGAAAUGAAAUCAAAGACGACUCGAUCAGGAAAACCUUUUAUCAGAGGUGACAAACAUCUCUGGACUGAAACGAAUCAGAGGUUCAAUAAAUUCACCAAAAGAGUCGACGGUGUUCUGAAGCUGAUUUUUGUCACUUGGUGUUAUUCUCCUACACAACUGUAGAUGACACAUCUAAGAUGAAAGUCAGAAUAGGUAGAAAAAUGUCAGAAAUUACAGUUUAAAGUUUUUUUUCUAUUUGAGCAAUUAAAUAACACGUCUAUAAAGUCGGAAGACACUCGAGAGACCCGUAAAAUUAGGAAUGUUUAAAAUUGAAGCAGCAGAAGAUGAGAUAUCCUGAAUGUUUGUCCCGAAUACAGCUCACGUGCCAAAAAAUUAGUGGAAACUACAUUUCCUAUCAUGAACAGUAAAUUUCUUAGAGGGGUAUUAAAUGUCCGUUGUUUUGUUUACGUCAGAAUUUCAAAAUAAAAGUUCAAAUCUUCUUGGAUUUAAAAUUCUGGCUCUCUUCAAAUUAAAGACUUUAUAUUAAUUUGACUGUUUUUUUAUGGCAUUUGGAGAAAUAAUUUUAAUUUAAAGUCUUGCAAAAUUAGAACAUGUCACCUCUUUCACAAAGGUUUGCUGUGUUUUCAUUUUCAAGUCUUGCUCACUGAUUUAAAAAUGCAGAACAGAAAAUAUCUUUCAUUUCUUGGAUGCUUAGAAAAGCGGCUCUGACUGGACGUGUUCAGCCUCACGUUGUUAUUCUCGAUGUUAAUCGAUGUUGUUGCUUUAUUAAGAGAUGCACAGUUUUGUAUUUUGAUGUAAAACAUUAAGAGAAAUAGAAGUAUCAUGCUCAUAUCCAGCUCAGUGACGUUCAGUAGCUCCUCAUCGUUUUAAAUAUAACGUACCUGAAAUGUUCUUUUCGUUUCUCUUUCUCUCUGGUUGAAUUUGUGCAGGAGGUCGUUUUUACGACCCCGACUGUAUCUAUUUUAUUUGCAAUAAACUUUUUUGGUGUUUUGAUCACCGUGUAGAGAAGCAUAA